AUGUUAAGGAUUUUUUAUUUUCAAAAUAAAUUCGAAUUGGAGAAAAUUGCUAUAGAUGAGGAACUAAAAUUGUUUAAAGCACAAAUAGAGUUUAUUAAGAUAAGAAAUUUUGAUCAGUUACAAAAAUAUGUCUUCACAAAAUAUACCAAAAAUCAUACAAUCGGAUAUUUAGUUUAUAACAAAAACAAACUUUUUUUACAUUCAAUUGGAUUACCUAUAGUAUUAAAAUAUCCUUUAAAAAUGGAUGAAGAAUCUAUAUUCACAAUCAUUUUAGGAAUAAUAAAUGGAAGAAUGAGUCCCAUAGACACUAUCCUUAAUUAUAAUAAAAAAAAAGAUUGUGAAAACCAAAACAGAAUUUUAGUUUUCUCAAUUAACUCAAAAAUAAGUAUCCAAAUUGAAAAAGUUAAAUUUGUGGAAAUCAGAGAAACGAGUAACAUAUACAAAGAAAUAUUUAGGUACGAUUUUACAAGAUAUUAUAACCCAAAUUAUUUGAUAAUCGAAAACAACAAAAUAAUGAAAAAAAGCAUCUAUGAACGUUUCGAUUUUUUUGAAGUACCAGAAGAAAAAUGUUUAGAAAAGUUAGUACUUACACUAUGA